UAACAGCUCAAUUCAUGGGCUCUAAAGGGCAGCACAAGAUUCCUAUUUUAGACUUCACCAAGAAAGGUUUGAAGCCCGGUUCAAGCUCAUGGGUCAAGUCCUCUAAUGAAGUUAGGCUAGCACUUGAAGAAUAUGGGUGCUUCUUGGUAGAGUACAAUAAACUUCCUCUAGAGCUCCAUGAUGCAGUCUUUGGUGUCCUAAAAAACUUGUUUGAUCUCCCUACUCAAACAAAAAUGAAAAAUCGCUACGAGAAACCGUUAAAUGGCUACGUCGGACAAAUUCCUAGACUUCCUCUCCAUGAAAGCAUGGGAAUUGAUAAUGCUACAUCUCUAGAAGAAACAAAAAAUUUUACAAAUCUCAUGUGGCCUAUUGGGAAUCAAAGUUUCUGUAAACAUGUGCAUGAAUAUGCAAAGCUAGCUGCAGAGUUGGAUCAAAUGGUGACGAGAAUGAUAUUUGAAAGCUAUGGCGUAGACAGGUACUAUGAUUCUUAUAUUGGUUCAACAACUUACCUUCUUCGACUCCUGAAAAAUAGAGUAGCCAAGGAAGAUGAGCCAAACUUGGGUUUUGUGACUCAUACUGACAAGAGCUUCACAACCAUUCUUCAUCAAAAUCAAGUUAAUGGUCUAGAAGUGGACAUGAAAGAUGGCCAGAAGCUCUUUGUUGACAUGUCAUCCCCUUCAUCUUUUCUCGUCUUUGCUGGUGAUGCAUUAAUGGCAUGGAGCAAUGACAGAAUAGUGUCGCCAAGUCAUCGAGUGAUUAUGAAUGGAAAGGUGGAUAGAUACUCAAUGGGGCUGUUUUCAUUCAACAAUGGAAUAAUUCAAGUACCGGAAGAGCUUGUUGACGAGGAGCAUCCUUUGAUGUACAAGCCACUUGACCAUAUUGGAUUGCUGCGUUUCUUUCGCACCGAUGAGGGUUAUAAAACCAAGUGUCCCAUUAAAGCCUAUUGUGGUAUUUGAAGUUUUUUUCUAUAACCUUUUAGUACAAUUAAUUUGUGUAUCUAUCUAGGACAAGUGUGGUUGUUUAAUCCUGUAUGUAGCACUUUCUUAGUUUGAUGUUGUGAUGAGUGUGGGUUUUUUUUUUUAAUAAACUGUAAUGGGUGUUUAUAAAUAUUACUUAUUUAUA